AUGCCUCUGACGGGCCACUGUCUCUGCAAGGCCGUGACCUACAAGGUCGAUGUUGACAAGCCAGUCCUCACCGGCUACGACCAUUGCGACGACUGCCAGCGCCAGUCCGGCUCGACCUACUCCCUGGUCUGUGUCGUACCAAAGGACAAGCUGACCGUCGACGGCCCGCUCAAGAAAUACGAGGGCACGGCCGACAGCGGCAACGCCGUAUAUCGGUGGUUCUGCAGCGAGUGUGGCUCGCCCAUUGCGCACGAGCCGAGCGCGGCGCCCGAAAUCAUCGCCCUCAAGGGCGGCUCCCUUGAUAUGGAGAUUAAGAAGGGCUUGAAGCCGGAUACCGAGAUCUGGACUGUCAGCAAGCUGCCGUUUUGCCAGGAGAAGCUGGCCAAGCCGUUUGAGCAUAUGCCUCAGUGA